CUCUUGAACUUGAUUCAUACCAAAAUUCCCACAAAAUCAUGACCAAACAAAACAAUUUCGCAUGAAACAAAUCCCAUCUUCUCUAAACUUCCCAUUCCCUAGACCCCAAAAAUUAUUGCAUAACUAUAAUCCACUACCAUUUUUAUCAAACCCAUUCUCAUCAUCAUCAUCAUCACCAAAAUCAACCAAAUGGAACUCAACAACCAACGUCAUCAUCACUCACCCAAUUCUCCUAAUCAUGGAGUCCUGCACUUCCAUGGCCCAGCUAAAGCAAAUCCAAGCCCACAUGACUACAACAGCUCUCAUCACCCACACAUUCCCGGUCAGCCGUGUCUUAGCUUUUUCCGCUCUCGCCGGCACCGGAGAUAUCAACCAUGCUCAUCUGCUGUUCAACCAGAUCAAAUCCCGAAACACUUAUAUUUGGAAUACAAUGAUCAGAGGCUAUUGUAACUCUAAAUUGCCCGUCGUGGGUAUGUUUUUCUUUAACCGAAUGGUUCAAGAACGAGUUCAAAUGGACGCUCGGAGCUUUGUUUUUGCGCUGAAAGCGUGUGAGCAAUUCUCGGGAGUUUUAGAGGGGGAAUCGGUCCAUUGUGUAAUUUGGAAGAUGGGUUUUGCUUGUGGUUUGUUGGUUCAAAAUGGGUUAAUUCAUUUCUAUAGUGGGUAUGGUUGUUCGAGUUUUGCCCGUCAAGUGUUCGAUGAAAUGCCUGUGAGAGAUGUUGUUUCUUGGACUUCCAUGAUUGGUUAUUAUUCUGUUCAUAAUUGUUAUGGUGAGGCUCUGGAAGUGUUUGAUUCCAUGCUGUUGAGUGGCGUUGAGCCGAAUGAAGUUACAAUGAUCUCGGUGCUUUCGGCUUGCGCUCAGAAAAGGGAUUUGAGUUUGGGAGAAAGUUUAUGUGAAUAUAUGAGAAGGAAGAGUUUGAAUUAUAGUCUGAAUUUGAUGAAUGCUAUUUUGGAUAUGUAUGUAAAAUGUGGUUGCUUGGGGAAAGCUAGAGAGGUUUUUGAUAACAUGAGAAUUAGAGAUGUGUUCUCAUGGACUAGUAUUGUAAACGGGUAUGCGAAAAGCGGUGAACUAGAGUUGGCAAGAAAAUUGUUUGAUGACAUUCCUGAGAGUCAGAGAAAUGUGGUUUCUUGGAAUGCCAUGAUUGCUGGCUACUCCCAAAACAAUCGACCAAAGGAAGCUGUCGAUUUGUUUCGCGAGAUGGUGGAGACAGGCUUGAUCCCAAUUGAGAAUACAUUAGUGUGUGCGCUCUCUGCCUGCGGUCAGCUAGGGUUUUUCGACUUGGGCCGGUGGAUCCAUAUGUUCCACGUUGAGGGAAAAAACAAUGGAACUAGUGUGAUUAUAGCAAACGCAUUGAUAAACAUGUAUGCUAAAUGUGGAGCGAUAGAUGCUGCUGCUGAAGUUUUUGAUGGCAUGCCGAAGAGAAAUUUGGUUUCUUGGAAUUCAAUGAUUGUUGCUUACGCUAGUCAUGGAUAUGCCAAACAAGCUAUUCUUGAGUUUGAGCAAAUGACAAGAGAAGGAUGUAAGCCAGAUGAUAUUACAUUUGUGGGUGUGUUAACAGCCUGUAGUCACGGCGGACUAGUAGCUGAAGGCCAAACAUAUUUCCGAGGUAUGGAAAGAAAAUUUGGUAGCAAGCCUAAGGAAGAACACUAUGCUUGUAUGAUUGAUUUACUUGGUCGAGUCGGACUGCUAGACGAUGCUUAUGAGUUAAUUACCAAGAUGCCGAUGCAGCCGAGCGAAGCUGCUUGGGGUGCUCUUUUAAAUGCUAGUAAGAUGCAUGGAAAUAUUGAAAUGGCUAAGCUUGCUGCUCGGGAAGUUUUACUCUUGAAUCCUGAAGAUAGUGGCGCUUACGUUUUGCUAGCAACAACUUGCGCUAAUGGCAGAAGAUGGAGUGACGUAAAGACGAUCAGAAGUGUAAUGAAGGAGAGGCAGCUUAAGAAGAUUCCUGGCCAUAGCUUAAUAGAGGGUUGAGAGUGAAUUUUAUGAGCCACUAUCCCAACUAAUUCAGACCGUGCCGAGUAGGAUCAGUUAGCCCGAUAAAGCUAUCAAAAAGUUUCUAAAAC